AUGGCCGCGCCUGUGAUGACCGUCUCCGAAUCAAAGGAGCUUCGAGGGCUGAACCUCAUCGCCGCGCACUCCCACAUCCGAGGCCUUGGUGUUGAUGGCACAUCACUCGAACCGCGAACCUCCUCGCAGGGCCUUGUCGGACAAGAAAAGGCGCGAAAGGCCGCCGCCGUCAUUCUUCAGAUGAUCAAGGAAGGCAAGAUUGCCGGACGCGCCGUGCUGAUUGCCGGCCCCCCCAGCACUGGCAAGACUGCCAUCGCCAUGGGUAUGGCCCAGUCCCUCGGCCCCGACGUCCCCUUCACCAGUCUCGCUGCCUCCGAAAUCUUCUCCCUCGAAAUGUCCAAGACCGAGGCCCUGACCCAGGCCUUCCGCAAGUCGAUUGGCGUCCGCAUCAAAGAGGAGAGCGAGAUUAUGGAGGGCGAGGUUGUUGAGAUCCAGAUUGACCGCAGCGUGACGGGCGGCGCCAAGCAGGGCAAGCUCACCAUCAAGACGACCCGACAUGGAAGCUCUCCAAAAGCGCAGGGAGGUCCGUCCACACUGUCCACCCCUGCACGAGAUUUGAUGUCAUCAACUUCGCGGGACGCAAGGGCUUUCCUUGGCUCUUCCUUUCUUCCGGGCGGACACGGGGCGAGGAUCCCGACGACUUGGGCCCCCAUUCGUCAAUGGAUGGGCCAGCAACAGGGGGCAACUUCGCGCAUUUCGAGGGAAACCCGAUUACAAGAGAGCCCCUCCACCGGCCCUUCCCCCUCCGAUUUUCUUGAUCGUUGUCCGUCCAUCAAUCCACACCUCACAAGUAUAAACCCCGAGGAGAUCAAACAGAUCCUGACCCUUCGGGCGGCGGAGGAAGAGGUCGAGGUGUCUGCUGACGCUCUGGCUCUGUUGACCAAGAUCCGCCAGGAGGGCGGCCUGCGCUACGCCCAGCAACCUCAUUACGACGUCGCAGCUCAUCAGCGCGAAGCGGAAGUUCAAGGCGGUGGACGUCGCCGACGUCCAGCGGAGUUUCUUCCUGUUCUACGACCCCGACCGCAGCGUCAAGUUUGUGACCGACUCGGAGAAGCGCCUGAUAGGCAAUGA